CAGAUGCGCAGGUUUUUUUGUGAAUGAAAGACGAGAAGGGGGUCGUCUGCGCCUGUAGUGUCCCUGACAGGCGAGAUUACGGCCUGCUGGGGAUCGGACACUGACCUAUGACCCUGGUAAGAGAACUCAUGGACGAGCCGGACAUUGACGUUGAGGGACAGACGCACUUCGAUGCGGAGGAGACGAACACAGAUUUCUCAGAGUUCAGGAAGAACAAAGCAGACUUAAAGCAAAGCGCUUCAUCCUGUAUCCCUUCAGACCGGGAGGGGGGAGACGUUGCUGUCCGGUUACUGGAUGGCCCCAGCAGCAGAACCGCCUCGGUGAAGCCCCCGUACUCAUACAUCGCUCUCAUCACCAUGGCCAUCCUCCAGAGCCCGAAGAGGAGACUCACCCUGAGUGAGAUCUGUGAUUUUAUCAGCCUGCGCUUUGCUUAUUAUCGGGAAAAGUUUCCCGCGUGGCAAAACUCCAUCCGCCACAACUUGUCUUUGAAUGACUGCUUUGUCAAGAUGCCCCGCGAGCCUGGAAACCCUGGCAAAGGGAAUUAUUGGACACUGGACCCCAUGUCCGCGGAUAUGUUUGAAAACGGGAGUUUUCUCCGGCGGAGGAAGCGCUUCAAGAGGCAGCACUUCUAUCUGGGAGCGUCAAAGGACUCCACGCUGCAGGAGCGCAGCCUGAUGCCCGUGUUUCCUUCACUCGGACCUCAAAGGAUUAAUUCUUGUCUCCAGGGUGCUGAUUUGUACCCGGACCUGGGUAUAAGUGGUCGUUUAAGCCUCCACACUCCGGCCAGCAUGCCACCUGUAAGCAGCAUAAUCCCCGCGCUCUCCUCGCUCCUCUCCAAAGACUUCCCAUCGUGUGUGACUUUUGAACAUAUGCAGUCAGGACGCUGCGCCGCUGCGCCAUCUUUAGCUCCAAACUCCUCGUUCAUGUCGCCUGUCUCUCUGCGCGGAUUGAUACCCAACUACCCCGUUUCUCAUUUGUUCAGUUUCCCUGCUGGCGUCAUAAAAAUGUCAUCUUAUUCAAUUCAAUAAUUCUCGUCUGUCCUGUUUCCCCACUCAGCUGGAAAAUAAACGUAGGCCUAAUGCGUGAAAUUUCACAUUUUAAAAAUGAACAAAUAAAUAAGGAUGGCCUGAGCUGCAAAACGGGCCUCAAAAUUAAGCUGUUUGUUUUACCAAAGCUAUUUCUUCUUUUUGGAUAAUAGAUAUUUUACACACUAAAGAUGAAGAAUGCAGUGUAUGUUUAAAAUAAAAAAUAAAACGGGAUGGAUUUUACAGACUCUCUGUCAGUGUAAUUUGAAUUAAGUAGGCAUAUAUCACGAACACUAUCGCAUAGAUUAUGUUAGCUCAACAUAAAAUUGUCAUUUAAUAUUUUAGCCCUUAAAUUCACUGUAUUUUUUUUCAGCCAAUAUUAAGACAAGACUUCAGCUAUAUUGAGCUACUAACUUCAAAUACUACGCAAUAGAUUAAAAUAUAUUUAAUGUUCUUAACAUAGCUUACCCAAACUGAUAAAACAACAACAACAGCUAGAGGCUUUGUUAUAAAAACAAAAUACUUUGUGUGAAAUACAUUUAAAGGCCUCAAACAAUAAUAAACGACAAAACGUUUUAUUUUGACGCGGUAAUAUGUCAACAGUUAGAGCCAUUAGCGAUGCAAAAGUGCUUCUUAUUAGCUUGAAAAAGUAAAAUAUAUUGAUAAAUUAAAUAAAAUAUAUCACUUAACUGCAUUUAUUUCACUUUUGUCGAUCGGCUGGCAUCGAUAAAUAAAUUCAGACUGAAUGUCAAAACGCGAGGACGUGCCUCAUGUCUUUCUCCUCUAGUGAUUUUUUUUUUUUUUGUGUGUGUGUGUGUGUGUGUGUGUGUUUGACUGUGAUUUCUUCCACAUCAUGUUUGACAAAGGUUCUGCAUGCUUCAUUAAAACAGGCCCACAUCCACAUGUUACUACACCGUGUGUGUUCUUUUCAGACUUCAUGAAUGGUUCACGUGGGCUAUAUUUCAAGUUCAAAUAUAUAGACUGAUGGCUUUAAACGGAUGUACUCAUGUUUGUUUCUGUAAUGAGGACAAAGAAGUUCGCCUGCUUUUAGAAUAGAUUCAGUCAGUUUAAAAAAAAUGCAUUAAUUUAAAAAUUAUAAAUGCAAGUAUAGAGGUGAACGAGAGAUUAAAAUGUGCUGAAACAUUCACUGUGAAGAAAUUAC